UAUUUUACUACAAUCUCUAUUGAUAAAUUUAAAUACAUCUAUACAAUUAAUGCACAUGUUCAUUAAAAUAAGAAUGAGGGUAUGGAUAUAUCUCAUUAAUUCAGUCAACAUGCCCAUGCAAAUAAGAGAAUCACCCAUCUCUGUCUUUCUCUCUCAUUUUUGAAAGAAAAAGUUCAAUAAUAUGUAAACAGUGGACAUACUGAGGUGUAAAAUGAAUCCCAAUCAAUUCUGACGCAGGAUUAUAGAUUAUGGGCUUGUCUCCCUUUGUUAGGAGCAGGAGCCCCUGUUUUAUCGUUAUUCUGUGGCAUAAUGUAGUUUUUGUGUGAGAGAUGCCAAAACAUUGAUAAUCAAUAACGGGUGCUGCUACAGAUGAACUAUUUAUGGAGUGGGACCAUAGAUCCCUGCGGACAGAUGGGGCCAAGAUUUUCACAGGAGAACCAAGAGUUUCUGAAGUUGACCACAUCCUGCGACAUGAGGAAGAUAAGAACAAGUGACUUUUGCUGACAGCUUGUUGACUGAAGCAAUGGAGGAGUCGGAAAACGUAACAGGACUAUUUUCCUGGGCCUACAGUGGCGUUAACUUUGACCUGGCAGGAAAUGGAGGCAUUGAGUGUAGGGAUUUUAUCAGUGUGAAGCAGCGAGUCAUUGAGACAGUCAUUAGCUGUGCAGCAGCAGGUCUUAUCUUAUACAGAGCGAUCACACACCUGACUCUGCCAAAAAACUCGGUCCUCCUACCAGAUCCCGUCGGAAAACGAAUCCUCUUAGUGGUUCAUUGUCUGAUAUUUGGCAUCGAGCUGGGCUUCAAGUUCGCUACUAAGCAGAUGAUUUAUAUACUUAAUCCAUGCCAUGUAGCAACCAUGAUGCAGAUAUUCUGUUUGGCGGCACCGUCAGGGAGACUGACUACCACAGUUUUCCGGCUUCAUCUACACAUGUUAACGGGGGCUCCUAUAGCCAUCUUGUUCCCUGUAAUAAAUACUCGAUUGUUGCCGUUUGAGACAGAAGUGUAUUAUAUCCAACAUUUGCUGAUGCUAGUCAUUCCAUUCUACUUACUCAAAAUUGGAGGUUCCUACACUGCUGAACCUGUUCACGACUUCAGCUGGGCUCUAGUGUCCAUGGGAGUCCUGUACAUUAUAUACUUCGUACCAGUACAGUAUCUAGCAUAUAUCUCAUUAGUUAAUCUAAACAACAUGCUAUGUCCAGCGGUGUCAGACCCGUUCUAUGGGCCGUACUACAGAAUCUGUGCAAUGACUCACCAGGCACUACUUAUACCAACCGUGGGCAAGUUCUACACGUGGCUGUCACAACAAUUCCUCACCCCCUCCGCACGGGACGAAGAGGUGUCUGUGUUUAGUAUAGACUGGAGUGCCGAGACCCCCGCACCGGACAAUCUUAGAGGGAAGAAUGGAGUGAUUAGUCAUGGGGAUCGCCCAUCCAACAACGGACACCUCAAGUCCUCCUGAGGAACCUAGCUUUAACGGACCACUUAUUAUCGUUGACUUUAUACACAGGUUUUUAAUAACAUUUUGUGAUUAGCAUUGUGUAUGGGGGAUGAGGCAAAAUUUACAGAAUUUUUAAUCCUUUACUUGAUGGAUAUAAUAAUUGCACUGUUUUCAGAUUUGUUGAUGUUAAAACAUCAGUUGCUGCUGUGAAUUCCAUAGUGGACCUGUAGAGGACUUUCACAAUUUUCAAAAAAGUUAUCUUCCUUUGCUAAGAUAACAAGCAUUAAUUUUCUUAAUCUACAUUGUUUAUCUAUGUAACUUUCAAACCUUCCAAUGCUGUCUGAUUGGGAUAUUAUUAGACAGUAUAUGAAGCACAGUGGACAGAGUUUAUUUGAUGUGACAAUGCCCUAUAAAUUGGUAGGUUAGAGAACGUAUAUUAGUUGAUCCAUCAAAAGUAAAAAAAAAAAAUAUUGUUGACGGGAAAGUUUCUAUGGUAUAACUAACAUAAGAAAGUGGGAACCUCUAGCUUUUAAGGAUAUUGAAAAUUUUUAAAUAAUAUUUAUUAUUAUGUAAUUUCGGUAUGUGAGAUGUAAAUCAAAACCUUUUUUCAUUGGGGGUGGGGGGUUUUAGGCUAUGAACCCAAUUACCGGUAGUAUGCAAGUGCAAGUUUUCAUGUAAUUUAAUGACAAAAAAAUCUACAAGUAUAUCUAAAAAUUAUUUAACUGUUGGAAAUGACUGUCAGUUUUAUAUGAGAUAUACUUGGACACAGUUGAUUAUAGCUUUAAUUCUGCAGUUGAUAGUAACCUACAGUCAAGCUACAUAGUACUUGAUAAGAGGUACACAGACUGUAUCAGUGCUUGAUAAAUGUUUUUUAUUGGUUUAUUUUUUUCUGGUGCACUAAUGUUGAAAUUUUUUUUCUAAUAUAUUGAUUUUGUUUGGAUUACAGAAUUGUUGGGUAGACAAGUAGAAUUUAGUUUAAACAAUGUGUCCAAGUUUUUUUCUUCAAAGUUUCCAAGGAAUGAUGUUAUUGAAUUUAAGAUACGUCUUUGGAAAUGCUUUUAGUUAGUUAACAACUUCACAUGGAUGUUGAUUUCGCGUGUCAUUUCGUCAAAAUGCAUGUUUUUGGAUUAGUUAUAAUCUGUAGGACUCCCACAAGGAAUACACCUUUGUGUGCUUACAGACCCUAGUUGAAUUUUAUAAUAGUAUAAUUUAUAAUAUGUAUUAUAAACUCCAAAAAAAUUUCAUUUUUUUGUGUUGAAUUAACAGCAUUUUAGCAUAAUGAAUUAUGUUCAGGUUUGUGCAAUAUCUGUAGAAAUAGUACUACUUUUUUGAUUUUUCUGAAUUUAUUUUUAUUUUGAUUAAUGAUAUUAUUUGAAUUCAUAACAUUUAUACAGUAUUUCACACAAUGUAUUUUUCAAAGGACAUGUUGUUGUCAUAAACAUUCCUGCAAGUCUCUCUAAGGAACAUUUUUCACUCUCUGAAGUAAUUUUUACGAAAGUCCUUUGGUGAAUAUAUAAACACAGACCAAAAGAUAAUGAGAGACCUGUAUAGUAUUACUCCAUUGUGUGUAAUUUAACUAUUCUUGUUAUUGAGCUGUGUAACCAGAAUCAUAUAUUGUAUAAACUUAAUACUACUGUAAUUAGUGGAGAUAUCCAUGAAUUUGAUACAUUUUGGGACGAAAAGUUCAUCAAGAAGAAAUUGACCAUGCUCCACAUGCUUAGGAAUUGAAAUUUGAAAUUGUAGCUGUCUGAAAAAUUAUACAACGAGAAUUUUCAUAGAUUUUUCACUUGGUCUGACUACAAGAGCUAAGAACCAAUAGUUUAUACCUAUUAUAUUAAUGUGUUAUUUUUCCCUUGUUGUCUGUGAUUUUAAUAAAUAUUUAAAAUCAAAAGA